ACUCCUUCAUGACCAACUUAAAUAAAAACCAGCUUAAUAUCCACCUCACCUUAUAAAUCUGGCCGAAAAGACAUGGAUUUUCUGGAUGUCCUUCUACAAGUAGAUCAUCAUGGCUUUAUUUAUACCGACCUGCACCGCAAACCCACCUCAGUAAAUAGUCUGUUACAUGCUGGCUCUGCACAUCCACGGAGACUGAUUGAAGGGAUCCCUACGGGUCAAUUUUUACGGCUAAGACGCAUAUGCUCAAACGAUGACCUGUUCGAGAAGCGUGCCCAGGAGUUGACCAACAGAUUCAGAGAGAGAGGCUAUACUGAAUCCUCUCUGAAGGAUACUUUAGAGCCAAACGAUCUGUGAGGGAGGACCUUCUACAACAGCGCCCGAAGAUAAAGAAAUCUCAGAACAACAUGGUACGCUUUAUCACCACCUACAAUUCAGGCCACAGUGCCGUACUGCAAUCACUAAACACACAUUGGAACAUCCUAUGUAUGGACCCCAUUUUGAAACAACACCUUCUUCCGAGGCCAUCUUUAACCUUUCGACGUGACAGAAACAUACGAGAUGGCUUAGUUCAUAGCCAUCACCAGGCUGCCACCCCCUCACACAUUUUUGGUUCUAAAGGUCCAAAAUGGGGUUGCCGCCCCUGCGGCAAUUGCGUGGCAUGUGCAAACAUCCUCACUACCACCUCUUUUACUGAUUCUGCUGGACAGAAGAUUUAUCAAAUUACACAUACCAUCACUUGCAGUACCACCGGCGUAGUCUACGUUGCUAACUGCCCUUGUGGGCUUCUAUAUGUUGGCCUCACAUCACGUGAAUUGAGGCGUCGUACGAGAGAACAUGUGCUGGGGAUACAGUCAGCUGCCACUGAGGAAGAUGACAUCGCCCUAAAGACCAUCCCUCGCCAUUUCAAGACACAUCAUGCCUGCGACAGUUCUUUGCUCCAGUUAUUUAGGUGUGGUUGCCAUCGUUACCUGGGAUUCGGCGUGCUCUUCUUCUCCCCUCCAUUCUGGUCCACAGAUGUAUCUACUUCCUAGACUAAUUGACCAUGUUUCUG